AUGUUACAGCCAAAUGAACUAUUCGAGCCUGACGGCCAGACGUGCUCCGCCGACCUCAAAUUCGCGUUUUCAAAGAUCUCGGAUUCUGCAUCAUCAGUCAUCGUGACAAAUUUUAAAGAGGUUGUAGUCGUCUUUAUGAGCAAAGGCGAGCACAUUUCUUCAGGAAAAGACCUUUUUAUGAAGGUAGAAACAUCCGAAAUUCCAGCAACAUUGAGAGUUUUAGCAGCAGCUUGCUUGCUCGAUGCAUUACCGCCGUUUGGCUAUAUCGAAGGCCCUGAUAUGGACGCUGGAAUUUGGAAUGAGGACAUCAUUCUUCCGAUGGGUCCGCCUCAAAACCCCGACCAACCUUUGCAUUCCGAUGAACACUUGAUUGCUACAUGUCACCGGAAUUCUGACUUUGACCUCGCUACUUUGGUACGAGAUCGCGGCAGGGCUCUCCAGUUUUUUCGAUGGAAUAAACAUAUGCUACAACAUAAAUCCAAACUAGUUGCUCAGGCAAACAGUACCCUACAGGGAAACACAAACCAACGCUUCAAUCCAGCUAUACAUGUUCCGCCCCCUUUGUAUCCAUUUGAUCCAUCCGAAAUACCUUCGGACACUAAGAAUCAUCUUCAGAUGAUAUACUGCGAUUCUCCGCUGUCUCAAGGAGGGCUUGACGAUGCGUUAGCACAAAGUAAGUCAUUUACAAUUCGCAUUCAAGACGUUCUAGCGGAAGGAAAGAAGAAUGGAUUUUGCACUGUUUACCGCUGCCACCUGACCUCAAUCGAUGGGCGCUCCGUGUCGUCCUCCCCUUUGCUUUGCUUGAAACUUUUCGACGACCGAUUCCAAGAUUUACAUGACUGGAUUGACUACGAAGAUCCUAUUCCCCUCUGGUUUCGCUCAGUGUUCUUCGCCGAAGACCGUGCUGAUAAAGAGACGACGGUUUAUGAUAAACUUCGAUCUGUACAGGGAACGGUUAUUCCUUGGUUCUAUGGGCAACAUCAGUUUAUUCUACCUAAUGGAGUGGCCGUUCAAGGACUACUCAUGGAAUACAUCGAUGGAUACCAUCUGAAUUCCGAACGCGUGAAUGAAUUGAGUUAUGCUCAACAGAUCCAAGUUGUGCGUAUUGAUAUCGUUGGUCCUUCAGAGAGGCUAAUGUAG